UGGCGAGGGUCGUCCGCAGGGCAGAGCGGUAGGGUUGGGAGUAUAAGGAGGGUCGUGGUGUCUCCCAUUUUCCCAGUGAACACAGAGCACGGGGUUUGGAGGAAAAGGGUGGGAGGAGUUACCUUCUCGCGGUGGUUGGGGGGGGUGGAUGUCAUGUGGACACCACGCCCCUAUGGGAAGGAAGGAAGGAAGGAAGGUUUUAUGUGUGUGUUUAGGAAUGAUUCUUGGAGCAGGAGGGUUGACAGGCGUGGGCUCCCGGACUGAGACAAACAUUAUCUCUCGGGAGUGGCCCCUGGAAGGAAUUUGACGGAGAUUGAGAAUUAUAUUCCUGGCAGUUUUGGAAACCGGGAGGGAGGCGAGGGUUGAUGGAAAGGAGUGCAUUUGCACGGUGCCAGCAUCUCAGUCUGGAAAGGAUUUAGUUCAAUCGAAGAGAGCUGUAGAAUUAAGACACUGAGCACCCUAAGAAGCUUGGGAGAUUUCAAUUCGUAUGGGUCCUUUAGACAAGAGAACAGGAGGACAUUCUUAGAGGACAGUCUCCUGGUUACUUUUCUUUUGGGAUAACUGGUAUGUUCCUACUUUUAUCCUGAGUGGCUCUCUGUCUCACACACACGGAUACACUAAUGAUGAGGUGCCUGGGGUGCAAUAUGUGAGUGAGGUAGGUACUUUGUAUAGCUUUGUUGCCUGAAGGGCUUUUGAUGCUAGAGCAUAGUAAAGAUCUCUGAUUUAAGUAGGAAUUAGGAACUAGGAAGUCUCAGGAAACCAUUGGAUUGUAUACUCAAUUAGAGAGUAUAUAGUAGAACAUUAAACUCGUGUUUAAAUGUUCCUUAGAUUAACACAGAAAUCAGCCUUUUGGGCCAUGCUGUUUCUAAGGCCUGUUUCUUCUCAUGAGUCUCAGAGGAAGACAGAUGGGAAAAUCUUCAAAAUGGAUAACUUCUCCUGCCUGAACAAGACAUGGGGUAGUAUCUGGGAUCUGCCCAUCAUCAGACUCAGCUUAAUAAGGUGGAUGAAUGAAGGGAUGUAACAGAACCCAGAGAGGGACAUUCAGGCCUCCAGUGGGGGGGAGGGGCCUGGACACACCCCUUCCCCCCAGACUCCUCCCCCUCCGGGGUCCACUCAGCCAUGGACUUUGGACCUGGAUAAGAGAAGAGAAGCUGCACUUUUUGGUGGAUCUGAUUUGGGAUUCUCAGUUGUGGCAAUGGAGUGCUGCGCGGAGGUUUGAUGAUCUCCAGGGGAGCCCCUGAAAGAGGAGAAAGGUAGGUUGCAGUCGGAUGUAGCAGUUGCUGGAUCAUCUAGAUGGCUUCCUCCCAUGCCUAGUGGUUGAGGCUGGCUGUCAACUGGGACCUUAGCUGGGGUUGUCAACUGGAAUACCUGUAGGUGUCGUAUCCAUGUGGCAGAGUUCCAGGAGAAAGCAUCUUAAAAGCACCAGUUGCAUUGGCUGAUACAUCCAACAGAAUAUUAAGUAGCCUGGAGAUCACGGCAGUUUGGCUUGCUGUUAACAUUUGUGGGAGGCCUCUGGUGCCUUCUUACUGAGGUGCUAGCAUUAGCCCUGAGGUGCGUGGCUGAUUUCUAAUUUUAUAGCCCAGAGGAAGCUUCCCUAGGACUGGGUGAGUGAGCUGGGCAAAGCCAAGGGCAGUCUCAAGCCCUCCCCUUGGCCUGCGCUCCCCUGUGGGGGCCAGGAUGCUGAAGAAGCAGUCUGCAGGGCUUGUGCUGUGGGGCGCUAUCCUCUUUGUGGCCUGGAAUGCCCUGCUGCUCCUUUUCUUCUGGACACGCCCAGCACCUGGCAGGCCACCCUCGGACAGUGCUCUUGAUGAUGACCCUGCCAGCCUCACCCGAGAGGUAAUUCGCCUGGCUGAAGAUGCUGAGGUGGAGCUGGAGCGCCAACGGUGGCUGUUGCAGCAGAUCAGGGAGCACCAUGCUGUAUGGAGUCAGCGCUGGAGGGUGCCCACUGUAGCUCCUCCCGCCCACCCACGUGUGCCUGUGACCUCACUGCCGUCAGUUAUCCCUAUCCUGGUCAUCGCCUGUGACCGCAGCACUGUCCGGCGCUGCCUGGACAAGCUGUUGCAAUAUCGGCCCUCAGCUGAGCACUUCCCCAUCAUUGUCAGCCAGGACUGUGGGCACCAGGAGACAGCCCAGGUCAUUGCCUCCUAUGGCAGCGCGGUCACACACAUCCAGCAGCCCGACCUGAGCAACAUUGCUGUACCUCCUGACCACCGCAAGUUCCAGGGCUACUAUAAGAUCGCCCGGCACUACCGCUGGGCACUGGGCCAGAUCUUCCACAAGUUCAAGUUCCCAGCAGCUGUGGUGGUGGAGGAUGAUCUGGAGGUGGCACCGGAUUUCUUUGAGUAUUUCCAGGCCACUUUCCCACUGCUGAGAGCCGACCCCUCCCUCUGGUGUGUGUCUGCCUGGAAUGACAAUGGCAAGGAGCAGAUGGUGGACUUGAGCAAGCCCGAGCUGCUCUACCGCACAGACUUUUUCCCUGGCCUGGGCUGGCUGCUGUUGGCUGAGCUCUGGGCUGAGCUGGAGCCCAAGUGGCCCAAGGCCUUCUGGGAUGACUGGAUGCGUCGGCCAGAGCAGCGCAAAGGGCGGGCCUGUAUACGCCCUGAAAUCUCAAGAACGAUGACCUUUGGCCGCAAGGGUGUGAGCCACGGGCAGUUCUUUGACCAGCACCUCAAGUUCAUCAAGCUGAACCAGAAGUUCGUGCAAUUCACCCAGCUGGACCUGUCGUACCUGUGGCGAGAGGCCUAUGACCGGGAUUUCCUUGCCCGAGUCUAUGGUGCUCCGCAGUUGCAGGUGGAGAAAGUGAGGGCCAACGAUCGCAAGGAGCUCGGGGAGGUGCGGGUGCAGUACACAGGCCGGGACAGCUUCAAGGCUUUCGCCAAGGCUCUGGGUGUCAUGGAUGACCUCAAGUCGGGGGUCCCCAGGGCUGGCUACCGGGGCAUCGUCACCUUCCAGUUCCGGGGUCGCCGUGUCCACCUGGCGCCACCGCAGACCUGGGAUGGCUAUGAUCCCAGCUGGAAUUAGCAGCAUCUGACUGUACCUCCUGGGCCCUUCCUUGCCAUUUGAUGAGCUGAGAUGGGACCACAGUCCUUGGGCUGCAUUGUCCUGUCUGUGUUUCCCUCUUGGUCCCAUUUAUCUUUUUAUUUGAGUGCAUUUGAGCGCACAGAUGAUAGGCGAGGGUUAUUCUCUUGUUCUCAAGGGAGUCAGAUCAGGGGAACCAUUCUGUAGUCUGUUGGAGGGUAUUAAGAAACCACUGUGUGGUAGGGGACACGGCUUGUUGGGACCAGACAUGGCCACAUCCUGAGCUUUUUCCUGGGGCAUCUGCAGAGAAGUUGGCAACUUCAGCUCUAUUCAGCAGGCCCCUCUCCCUGACUGGCCCUUGCAGCCAGGUUAUGAACCUUCUUCCUCUAUCUGCUCCCUUUCCCCUUCCUCCACUGGGGGCUCUGGGUCAUGCCAGAAGGGGACAUAUUUGUGGCCAAAAUGAGAGUAACCAAAGGGUCUUCCUCAUCAUCGAGGGUAGAGUUGUCUCCUUAACCAUGGCCUCUGCUUAGCCCUUCUUUCCCUGAAGUCUAGCAGGUUGCAAUUCUAAGAUGGAAUGUUGAAGAGAAAAAAGCAAGACCUCUCCUUAGUUCACAUCCAGCUGUUGGGGGAGAGGUGGUGGAAGGAAGCCUCAGUCUGGGACAGGUCCUCCCUCACCUAGCUUAGAGAGGCAUUGUCCCCUUACCUCCUUUCUGAAAAUCAGUUGUCCCCUUGCUGCUUUAGGAGUAUUCCAUGCUGGCUUGGUGGAAGACAGCUUUAGUUCCGUGUGUCCCUUUUUUCCUCUGGGGCUUAUUACAGGGGCUAUUCCCUGAGGGCUAUGGUUCUUGUGGCCUCUCAUUAAGGUAGAGCAGCCAAGACCUAGAAGACUCUGGCCUUGCCCCAGGCAUCUUGAGUCUCCACGGGCCAGGGUGCACAUAGCAGGUUGGGGAGGAAUUUGGGUGUUUUUGUUGGUUGCCUGAGCUGAGUUUAAUGGAAAAAAAUUAGUGGAAGCUACAGAAUUAUUUUCUAAAAUAAAGGUUGAAUUGUCUGAAAAA